CUUCUUCAACAUCUCUUCGUUCAUUCAUUCGCUCAUUUUCAGCCACAAAAUACUUUACUUCUUACACUCGCUAUUACUAUUCAAGAUGUCUUCUGCUCUCGUCACCUCUCUCCCAAUCUUCGCCGGUGCAGGCGCCCCAACCCUCGUCGCCGAUGUCAUCGGCGCAGACGCGGAUCAUACAACAUACGUUCUGAACUGCCCCUACGUUGACCCCGAAAGCGAAGAGUUCCAGACCAUGGACGACUGCGGUGUCUACAAUAACACCUACAUCGUCGGACCAUGGAUGAGCAAGACUCUCCCCCCUGGUGCCGCCAGCACAGGCGACUUUGAUCUCUUCAUCACCAUGCCGGGCGACAAAGAAGAUGACUGGAGAUUCUCCGUGCACUGCGAAAUGUCGCGUACCGUCGCGCAGAAGUGCACUACCAUCAACGUCGGCGGCAACGACGAUGGCCACCCUACCGCGACUCUCACAAACUCGGAAGAGCUUGACGCUUAUGGGUUCAGAACUUUCGAGUACGGUCCUGUUUCUAUCACGGCUGGCCAGGAACUACUCAACGCUAAACACGCGAGCGCCACUACAACGGCUAGCGACGCCACCAAGACUAAGGCCUCGGAAAGCGAUGCCAGUGGAUCUGAGACAUCUGGUGAAGCCACACCCGUUAACACAUCUGGUGCCACGUCUUCUUUCGCGCGUAUGUUUGGUGUGCUGUCUCUUGCUGGUGUUGCUGCUGCCCUCGCCAUGUGAGAUUGCGGCUCGGAAGAACUCUACGUCUUUGCACAAUUCUUGUAUAAUUAUCAGUAACGAGGGGUUGGGGUUGGGGACAGUAGGUCUCGUAAUGCAAAGGAUUAGGUUUGAUGUUUAUACUUUAGACAGUCGAUACAAUUGAAUUAAGCUCCUGUCUGAGACAUGACUGGAGGAAAAUGGUGGACCCCGCCUGUUUAAGUUUAAAUCUGCCCAAAACUUUCUCCCCGCCAACUACAUCCAAAUGAACCACAGCACGAACCAGAGUUCAGACCAAGUCUCUUCACGUCACAAGCC